GACGCCCUCCCUGCUCAUGGAUAUAAAAUAAUGUUAGUUGCUAUGUUCGACUUACUUUGCUCGCAGUUCAUGAACACAUGUCCGCCCACGCAGUCCACUCCAGCCCCCGGCACCCCAUGUUCUGAACACCGCCUCCGCCACCAUGUCCACCGGCUCCCUCAGCGACGUGGACGACGAGCUGCUGGACGGCAUCCUCAAGUUCGCCAAGGACUCCACGGAGAGCACGGAGGAGAGCUCCAACGGCGAGGGACACGCCAGCGACAACACGCCGGCUAAGCGGCGCCUGAAGGCGUCACGGAAGUCCGCGUCACGGAAGAGCGCCUGUGAGGAGGGGGGCAAGCCGGUGCAGAGGAACGCGGCGAACGCCCGAGAGAGAGCCCGGAUGCGCGUCCUCUCCAAGGCCUUCUCCCGGCUGAAGACCUCCUUGCCGUGGGUGCCGUCCGACACGAAGCUGUCCAAGUUGGACACCCUGCGCCUGGCGUCCAGCUACAUCGCGCACCUGCGGGAGAUUCUAGCUAACGACAAGUACGAGAACGGCUUCAUCCACCCCGUCAACCUGACGUGGCCCUUCAUGGUUGCAGGAAAGUCAGACAACGAGUUGAAAGAAAUGCUGAACACAACAAGGUUAUGUGGCACUACGGCUUCCUGACCCAACCCCCUCUUUAAAUUACCUCCUUUUUUAUUUGUAUGUUAAAACGGACUGAACUCAUCUCCACAGACUUUGAGUGGGAAUAACGGAUGGACGGAGGCCGUCCUCCUCCUUCUAUCGUUCCCGUAAAGACCAAAUUUUAUUUAAAUGCAUUUUUAAUCACUGAUUUGUCUUUGCUGGUCCAAAGAUAAACUGUGUGCUUUUGUAAUAUGUACUCUGCAGAAGCAUUUAUAUUUCUACCCGUGCUCAAUAUGUGUACAGAUGAACAUGUUAUAAAUAUAUAUCUUCUUUUUUUUUUAAA